AAAUUGUUUAUAAAUAUUAAAUAAAUAUAAACAAUUUACAUGAAUAAUUAGAAGAGUGUAUUAAAACGCGUUAGGCGAUAUAGAUAUUACUAAAAUGAAAACCAGUUUAAUUCAAUUCAUUUAAAAAAGUCAUAAUAUUUUUUUACAUAUUGAUAACGAAAUGUUUUCAAAGAACAGCAAAGUGCUUAAUCAUCUUAUCAAGAAGAUAGUCAACGUGACUUUAUAAAAUCUGCGAGUAAGCACUUCAAAUAUUAUCAUCAAUUACAUUAUACGUACAGCGUCACAUCAUAUGUACAACCAGUCGUAGAAUUUCUUAUGAAGUGCGUGUAUCGUCUGACUGUCAUGUAAAUUGUGUUCAGUUAGAUCGAAAUUCUAACGACAAGUGGAAAAAUAAUUGCAUCAGUAGAAUUAUCAAUUCUGUCCUUCUUUCUCUUGACAUCAUUAACCCUUUGACAAUCAAGUGCGGAAACUAUUUUCAUUAAUUCAAAACAAAAAUUGUCAACAAGAAGAAAUCAUAAUCAAGAACAUUAGAUAUAACUGAUCCAAAGAUUUUUAUCACGAUGGAGCUGUUUACUCUACUUCUGAUUAAUCUGACAGCGACUAUUUGUUUGUACUAUUUUGUCCUAAGCAAAUUAAUUUACUUCAAGAAAUUAAAAAUCCCGCAUCUACAACCUAUUCCAGUGUUGGGUAACAUGGCAUCUUUUGUUUUUGGACGUACGUCGCAGGUGGAACUCAUACAAAAAAUAUACAAUCUCUUCCCAGACACAAGAUACUUCGGCAUCUACGAGUUUUUAACGCCCAUUGUCGUUAUUCGUGAUCCGGAACUAAUUUCUGAGAUUGCCAUCAAAAAAUUCGACAAUUUCUGUGAUCACAAUGGUUUUGUGAACGAAACUCUCGACCCAAUAGCUGGUAAGAAUUUAUUUAACUUACAAGGAGAUCAUUGGCGCGAGAUGCGAAAGCUUCUUAGUCCAAGUUUUACAGCCAGUAAAUUGAAGAUGAUGUUUGAGCUUAUGAGUCAGUGCGCCGAGAACUUUGUUAAUUUUGUAGCAACAGAAUCUGGAAAAACCGGCAAGACAUAUAACAUGAAAGAUAUACUUAGUCGAUAUGCUAACGAUACAGUGGCCACAUGCGCCUUCGGUAUCAGCAUAGAUUCUUUUAAAAAUCCGAACAAUGAAUUUUUCGUACUUGCCAGAAAAUCAAUGACUAUUGAUGCCUGGGUGUCUUUCAAGUUCUUCAUGAAUAGAAGCUUUCCAUCACUUGCAAAUCUUUUCAAGCUGAGAAUCUUUGGCCCAAAGAUAGAGAAUUUUUUUAAAGAUGUCGUUGCCAACACUGUAAAGGCAAGGGAUGAGCAGGGAAUUGCUCGUCCGGACAUGAUUCAGUUGAUGAUGGAAACCAGGAAUAAAAAUAGUGGACCCGAGUUUGAAAUCAAUGAAAUGACAGCCCAAGCUUUCGUUUUCUUUCUCGCCGGAUUCGAAGGUGUUUCAACAAUCAUGUGUUUUGCGACCCACGAAAUUGCUGUCAAUCCUGAUAUUCAGAGUAAAUUGAGAGAGGAAAUUGACGACGUUCUCAGGCAGACCAAUGGCAAACCUACCUAUGAAGCUAUUAAUCGCAUGAAGUAUUUGGAUGCCUUGAUAAACGAAACUCUCAGGCUAUAUCCGGGAGGAGCAUUCAUUGAUAGAAGAUGCGUCAAAGAGACUGAAUUGCCACCAGCGACUCCUGAUGGCAAACCGAUUACAAUAAAGCCUGGAGAUACCAUAUGGUUUCCGAAUUUUGCUCUGCAUCGCGAUCCAAAGUACUUUCAAGAUCCAGACAAAUUCGAUCCAGAAAGAUUUCUUAACAGUAGUGUAGAUAAUUUGGUAUAUUUACCAUUUGGUAUCGGGCCCAGGAUCUGCAUAGGUAAUAGGUUUGCUUUAAUGGAAAUAAAAGUCAUGCUGUUUUAUCUACUAUGGUUUUGCGAUCUUGAACCCGAUAUUAAAACUAGAAUUCCUAUGGUAUUCGAAAAAAAAACAUUUGCCAUAAAAGCAGAUGGAGGUUUUUGGUUAAAGAUACGUGCGAGAAAUUCGAAGGCUUCUGUUACAUAAUAUUUAUCAAAUGAGCACAAUUAAGAUACAGUGAUCUAGCAUUUUUAUAAUUCAUUUCAAGAAUCCAAGAAUUAUAUAUUUAAAGUUAAUUCUUAUAUCCAAUUUUUAAGUAAAAUAAUGACAUUUAGAUAAUAAAAGUUUAAAACAUAGUUGAUACAAUAGUUUACAUUAUAGUUUACAUUACAAUGUAAAUUUAUGUUAAAUUUUAAAAUAUUUU